AUGAUUUAUAAUGCCAGAUAUUUUGCCACUGAUGAUGAUUUUCUAUUAAAAUCAGGAAUUAGAGAUUAUUUUAGGUGUAAUGCUAUUGAUCCAAAUGAUGACUUUCUUUAUGAAAUUAAUAGAACACAAAAUGAUUUCUUAGCUUUAUUAGAUGAAGAUUCAGAAUCAGAAGAUAUUGAUGUUGGUGAUUGGAGAAGAAUAUUUACAACUCAUGUGUCACUUGGAUUUUCUAUGUUGUUAAUAUGUUUGUUGAUUGGUGGUGGACCUAUUAUUGCUGUGAUAUUCUUUCCAUUAGCUUUGCUCAUUGUUGGUUCUUUUAUAUUUUCAUUUGUAUAUGUUUUAUGUUGUCGUAGAAGUACUUUUGAUACACAGGCUGUUGAAAGUUUUUCAUCUGAAGUUCUUUAA